AUGAAUAUCGUUAUAAAUGAUCAACUUAGAUAAACAUUUAACAUCACACUUUUAAAAACACCUUAAACUAGCAUUUCAAGUGAUGUUUAAUAAAGAAUUGCAUCAGUCAAGUCACCUCUACAUUAAAUAAAAUAGGUGGUCAAUGAGGGCUAAUAAAUUGAUUUUUACAAUUAGCAUGCUCAAAAAAUAAAGCAAAAGCUUAAAUGGAAAAGUUUACAACAAUCAAUGAAAGUGAAUGCGAUUGCAUAGUCAAUGAGGAACUCACCAAGAUAUGAAGUUACAUUUAAUGAGAGUGAUUUAACUUACUAAUUGGUCUAGCAAGUAGAUGGCUGCACAAGCUAUGAAACUUCUCAUAAAAAUAUAUAUGGUACUCCUUAAAUUAAGAGUAAGAGCAUCAAAAAGCUGUUUGAAGAUUCUAAUGCAGGAGACAUAUCCUAUCAAAUUAAGAAUCUUGGAUUGAUGAAGCAUCAAAAUAUAGACACUAAAAUGAAUUCCUUUCAAGUUUAUUCAUCAAUUCGAAACUAAACCUAGAAAUCAAAAGAAAAGGAUGAAACUUAUGAACAAAGGAGAGCUAGGAUAUAUAAGGUCAUAUAAAGUAGCGAAAGGAAUAAGGAUUUACAGACAAAUACGUUUAUAAAUAAUAACUCGUCCAUUAUGUCUUUCGCUGAAACCAAUAAUACCCCACAGAUUAGAGACAAUCACUCUCUCAAUAAUCAUUUAUUUGGAAGUUUCACUAAUUCUCCAUUAAAGCAGCCAGAUUAAAAACAUAUUGGUAAAACAUUUGACUCUAAUAUGCAAAUGCAGGACAGAUUAAAUAUGACUUUCUCAACUAUAAACAAUUCCUCAAAUGAUUACUAGUCAAGGAGACUGUAUACAGCAAUUCAAAACUCAAGAAAACUUCAAUCUUAGAACAAUAGUUUCUUAAAGAGGAGACCAUCUUUGACUUCAAGAAGGGAUUAGACUCCAUAAAAUCAUGCAAGGAUUACUCUAAAUUAGACUUAAAAUUCUAUUAUACCGUCUUAAUAUAGUAAUAAAAGCAUGCAGGAUGAAAAAUCUUAGAGGUUUAUUUAGCAAGCUACUUAAAGAUAGUCACAGCUCAAAUUGAUUAAAGAUACUAAUGAUUCUAAGUAGCAAGUUUUUGACAAGAACUAUAAAAUCAUAUUGCGAACUUAAAUCACCAAAAUGAAGAAUGAAGUUCUUAAGAAAUCUGAAAUUUUGAAUGUUAAAUGCCCCUAAGAAUGGCAAUUAUAAAAGCAAAUGCGCCAAAAUACUCUUUCAUUCUCAAGAAGAUCUCUUUCUAGAAAGGAAAGUCUAGAACUCGAAGUGAAGUAAAAGGAAAGAAGCGACAUCAAAGCUAGAUUUAAUAGUCUUAUUGAGAGAGUCAAAUUUUAAAGAUAAGAGGCUAUAAGAGCAGAAGAACGCAAGAAGAUAUUUGGAAUGAUUGAACUUAAAAAGAAGAAGAGUGAUAUUCAUGUGGAAGUUUAAAAUCUCCAUGAAAAUUCAUUUGAAUCAUCAAAUUAACUAACUGGGUUAUCCCUUACAAAAGACGUAUCACUUUCAUUAUUUAGGUAACAAUCAUGA